GAAGUUGAGAGGGUUGUUUGAUUCAGCCGAUCAAAAAAAACAGAUCUAUGGCUGGAGAGACUAUAAAGAACGAAGAACAAAUUUAUGGAUGUAGAAAUGCCCCUUCCGACUCUGUCGCCUGCUGUCCCUGCCUUUGUGAAGCUGGGGUUGACUGUUGCUUACACUGCCUUUUACUCUUUGCUUUUUAUUUUUGUGUAUGCACAGCUCUGGCUUAUUCUGCGCUACAAACACAAGAGGUUUAGUUACCAGACGGUGUUCCUCUUUCUCUGCCUGCUCUGGGCUGCUCUGAGAACCAUCCUUUUUUCAUUUUAUUUCAAAGAUUUUGUGCUAGCUAACUCAUUUGGUCCCUUUGUUUUCUGGUUACUUUACUGUUUCCCAGUUUGCCUCCAGUUCUUCACCUUAAGUCUGAUGAAUCUAUACUUCACUCAGGUGAUUUUCAAAGCAAAAUCUAAGUACUACCCAGAGCUUCAAAAAUAUAGGUUGCCCCUUCAGCUAAUUUUCCUGCUGGCCAGUCUCCUAUUCCUUGUGGUAAACUUGACCUGUGCAUUGCUUGUGAAAAUCGCACAUACUGAAACGAAGACUGUUGUGUUUGUCCGUGUUGCAAUCAACGACACCCUGUUUGUGUUGUGUGCAAUCUCACUGUCUGUGAGCCUCUACAAGAUUGCUAAAAUGUCGCUGGCCAAUAUAUAUUUAGAAUCUAAGGGCACCUCUCUGUAUCAGACUGUAAUGGUGGGAGUGGUAAUUAUAUUGCUAUACACAUCAAGAGCCUGCUACAACUUGGUUGCAAUUGCACUUACCUCCUAUAACCACAUCAACACAUUUGAUUAUGACUGGUACAAUGUGUCUGACCAGGCAGAUCUACAGAUCCAAUUGGGAGAUAAAGGAUACCUGGUUUUUGGGGUGAUUCUAUUCGUCUGGGAACUGCUGCCCACAACUUUAGUUGUUCUCUUCUUUCGUGUAAGAAGACCUGUCCAAAGUCUGACAAAGAAUGGCAUAUUGUGCACUCAUGGAUUCACCUCCAGGGCCUUUUUCUUUGAUAAUCCUCGACGUUAUGACAGUGAUGACGACUUAGCCUGGAAUGGCACCUAUCAUAGCACACUCAGCAGCUCAUCAAGCAUCUCCCAAAUAACCGAUUACUAUGGAACCAAGAACCAAAGUUACAAUUAUGAAGAAUUUGCUUCCUUCGCUUCAGAUGCCCAUGUGUCAACACAUGCAGAGAUUCAUUCAUAAAACUCUCCUUCAUUCAUGAUCUGGACAGGGAUCAUUUUUCAAUAAGCUAAUGAAAGACUAUGUAACUAUCAAAUAUUUCUAAAACCACAGUUAAGAAUGGAUGACAAAUUGGUUUGUACAAUGUGAGAAAAGUGAAAUCUUGCACCAAAUACUAUUAAUGUAAUGCUAUCUUGAUAAAUAUUGUUUUCAAAAUGGUUUUCCACAUUUAUAAUUAAAUAAUAACCUUUUCAGAGAAAUGUGAUUAGAAUGCUCCUGUAAAUAUUGUACAGUUACCACUUCAGAGGCUAUAAUGCAAUGAAUGAUAAUAAAUUUUAGCCAGUUGAUAAUACCUUUAUGGAAUUCACU